CAUUUUGACAGGAACCAAUCUAACAUGAAUGCGCUCAUUGCUAGUAGAGAGCUCUGCGAGCUGCCAUCUGCUGGGCUAGCUUACGCAUUUUAAUGUCAACUUGCCCCCUGGCCGACUCGCCCCCUGACCGACUCGCCCCCUGACCGACUCGCCCCCUGACCGACUCGACAAGCUCGCAGGUACCGGUGGAUGCCGGCGCGCAGCAGUUCUGCAGUAAUGCCGAAAGUUUCAAACAAGUCCACCAAGCUUGUUGCAAGCAAGCGCAUCACUGACUUCAUGGGCCCAAAAGCAACAGAGACAUUAGACAUGUCAGAUGCAUCUGGCUCAUCAAUUAGCCAUGAGAAAUCUUCACUUCAGAUGGUUUGUGAUGGACAAGGACCAAAAUCUCAUGCAAUACAGAAGAAUCUAAAAACUGUCUUCAAAUUCAAGAACUUCAAGAGCUCUUUGCAACAGCGAGCCGUGGAAACAGUCACUACAGGAAAGAGAGAUGUAUUUAUUUCCAUGCCAACUGGUUCGGGUAAAUCCUUGUGCUACCAGCUUCCAGCAAUAGUGAGGUCAGGAAUCACCCUUGUGGUUUCUCCACUUCUGGCUCUGAUCCAAGAUCAACUAGAGCAUUUAGAUCGCAUGAAGAUACCAGCACAGACAUUGAACUCUCAGAUUCAAGGCGAGAAAAGACUAGCAAUCUUAGCUGAUAUUUCUAGCAAGAAGCCUACCACCAAGUUACUCUACAUCACCCCAGAGCUUGCUGCAACUAACAACUUCCAAUCUAUCUGUCAUUCCAUAGCAUCUCGCAAUCUCCUGUCACUCAUAGUCAUUGAUGAAGCUCACUGUGUAUCUCAAUGGGGACAUGACUUCAGACCAGACUACUUAAAGCUAGGAAAUCUACGUGUCAAGUUUCCUCAAGUCCCUUGUGUUGCACUGACUGCCACAGCAACACCACAUGUGCAGAAGGAUAUUCUUGACAGUUUGAAACUUAAGGAACCAACUGUUAUCUUCAAAGCCAGCUGCUUCCGAGAGAAUCUCUUCUAUGAGGUUGUGUUCAAAGAUCUUUUGGAGGAUCCUGUACAGGAUUUGAAGAACUUUGCCACCAAGGUUCUACAGAAAGAUGAGGAAGAAGGGGAUAUGAAUGGUUGUGGCAUCGUUUACUGCCGCACACGAGAGGCCUGUACCACUGUGGCUAAUCGUCUGACUCGUCUUGGCUUACCAUCUCAGGCAUACCACGCUGGCUUGAAAAGUUCCCAUCGUUUACAAGUACAGAAUGAUUGGGUUGAUGGAAGGGUGCCAGUUAUAGUUGCUACCGUUAGUUUUGGAAUGGGUGUGGACAAAGCAACAGUCAGGUUUGUUGCUCAUUUCAACAUUGCCAAGUCUAUGGCGGGAUAUUAUCAAGAGUCUGGCCGUGCUGGAAGGGAUGGCAGACCAGCAAGUUGUCGUCUGUACUAUUCCAGAGAUGAAAGGAAUCAAGUGGCUUAUCUUAUCACUCAAGAAAUGGCUAAAGCUAAGUCUAAAGAGCAGCAGAGAUCUCAGGAAGCAUCCAAAGGAAAACAGACUAAUAAACACGGCAAGGCCAGCAUACAGAGCUUUGAGUGUCUUGUCAAGUUCUGUGAAGAAGAAAAGUGUCGCCACUCUGUGAUUGCCAAUUUCUUUGACGAUAGACCACCAAAUUGCAACAAUUCCUGUGAUGUGUGUAAAUCACCAGCUGAAGUCCGUAAACAACUGGAGUAUUUGAAGCGAGGUGUCAUGGCUAACUCCAAGAAGAAGACUGAUAGGUCUGGACGCACCUGUAUCAUGGAGGAUACUAAAGGCAAAGCCGAUAGGGAUCUGUAUGGAGAAGGCCGUUAUGGAGCUGACAGCUUCUACAAUGGCAAAUACAAGGCAAAAGAUGACGGUAGCAGUAGUGAAGAUGAUGAUGAUAUGGCAGCAGCAAAGGAACGUACUAACAUGAUCAGGGCAGAGUUUGAAAGGAGAAAGAAGAACCAAAUCAGGACAUCUAAAGUUGAUUUCAUCAUGCCUGAUGAGGAUUGCCCAUUGAGAGAUGCACCCAACUCCAAGAUCCCAGGCCUAACAAUCAAGUCCAGAGUGCACUGUCUACAGUUGAUAGAGAAAGCUCUUCAAGACAACUUUGAGCAGUACUUUAAGAACAACUCUAGUAGACUACCAGCCAGUGAAUGGGAGUCUCAUGGUCAAGCCAUAGAUUCUGAGUAUGAGAUAUUCAAGAUCUGUAGACAGAGCAAUAUGUAUAAAGCCAAGGUUCUCAGCCUGGUAAGCAGUAUCAAGAAGGCAACCAAGGAUGCUGACAUUCAUAAGAUAUUCCUUGAAGGAAACAAAGAAGAGAAGGAAGCAGACACUGAUGAAGACCAAGAUAAGCAGGAAGUUAUUCCGACUGUCGCCAACCUCUCCAAUACUUCAACAUCCAGCAACAAACCAUUUGUUGGUUUUCAGACUGUCUCCUCACUUCUUGCCAAGCAAAGUAAGUCUGAAAACCAACGUACAGUCAAACUCUGUCAAGGUGAAUCCCUCGACAUGGAACCAGACCAGGCAGUUGAUAAAGAUGCAUCUUCAUCAACACACAACAAAAACUCAAGCCAGUCUGGUGCUACUAUCAAGUCUGGUUUCCAGACUGUCUCCUCACUUGUAUCCCAAGGGAUGUGGACAGGCAGCAAGUCAAAACCUAAAAUGAAAGGUCAGAAGAAUGCAAGAAAGAAUGAAAGCAACUCUGUGGAUUCCAGUUUAAGACGUAUCAAAAAGCCUGUGAGAACAGAGACAUCAUUUGAUUCAUUGUGUGCGGAAUCAGUUGCUAAAUCGUCACGCAGCAAUAUUAAAGGCAAUGACGUAGAACCUGUACAUGACAAACAGAAAAAUGAAGUAUAUGAUGCUAUAAAUGCUAAUAGUGGUGGCAUAAAGGAUUCAUUCACAAACUCUGAGCAGUUCAGCAGCAUUUCUGGCACCUGUUCAAGAGAUGUUAAGAUGAACCAAGCAGAGACACCUGAUGCAACCACCAAAGUUUGUGUAGAGGAUGAGGCAAGUGUGUUAUCUUAUCCAGUGUAUGUCUCGGGUGAAUGCAUCCAAGAUGCUGAACCUUGUAGGAGAAGUUCAAGUACAACAGCAGAAUGUGUUGCCGAUUGUAGAGGCAGAGGAUGUUCAUAUUCUUCCAUGGAAACACCAGAUGAGGAAUCUUUGGCAUUGUCUGUAAUAAGCAUUGAUGGUGAUUGCAGUGACUUGAAGUCAUCAAGCAGGAAGAGAAUCAAUGACUCUUCACUCAUGCACCCCUACUCUUCCAAGAGGUCCAAACUGUCAAGCCAAGAUCACACAAACACUCUUGAGAACAACUCAGGUAGCAUCAGCGCAGAUGAUGACAAACCGAGGAGAUUUGUGACCUUCGACCCAAGUACAGUGGACAAUGAGAGGUCAACAGAGGUUAAGCCGGGGUCAACCGUUAAAGAUAUCCGACGGUUGGCUGCAGAUGUGGUGGUCAAGUUGUUGACCCCAUAUUACAAGGACAACAAGUUUGCCUCAAAGGACUUGUUUAAGAUGCUUGCUAAACGACUUGCCCAUCAGAUAACACUGGACGGUGCACUUACCAAACGGCCAUUGAAGGAUAAAGCAAAGAAACUUGUCAAGGAAUACUUCAAGCAGCAUGCGAUGUGUCAACAAGAGAGUGACCUUCCCUCCAUCCCUCUUCAUGCAUGACUGCAAUGAAUCUAGUGUUUACAAUGUCUGACCAUCCUCAGUCUGUCAACAUCCACACUGACGCCUUCUGCAGUUUGAGUGGCUCCAUGACUGCAGAGCCAAGUCACUUUUACUUCACAUUAUUUUGCACUUAGUGUCCCAUUGUUGGAAAAUACCCAGUGUGCAUUGUUACAGAUUUAGGCUGGUUCUUGAAAUGUUGGAGUUAUUUUAAUAUUCAAAUUGUAUUUAUUCAUAUUUAAAGAAAGUAAAAUUUGAUGAACAGAUUAACAUGUUAUUGCUGAGUAUUAUAUGCUUCUCCUAUCCUGAUAUUUUUCCUACAUAUACCACAUUGCAAUGGAUUGUCCCUUUACAUGCCAUGUGCAAGUAAAUAUGCGCAUUUAGGUAUCUCUGAAUCAUGCUUGUGAAAAGAAAAUCAAGGUGCAUGCCAUGCUUGAACAAAAAAGUGAUUGUAGGUUUUGACUGUCAGCUGGGAACACCUGGGAUGAAAGUGAUUGAAACUCAGGUCAGCUUUAUUUAUGAAUGUACAUGUACCUCUAUUUGGAAGAGACAUCCAGAAAUGCUACAUCACUCAACAAGUUUUGUGUUCUUGCCAAUUUAUUUUAUAACAUAACGGUUUUCAUGAGUGCACAGUGACAAUUUAGAGUACCAAAUGAAAUUGAAAUGUUUCAAAACAAAUAUAUACCCAUAGUUUCAGGACUGUUCAAAAAAUUGAUUUCUUGUCUCUGUCACCUUAAUUUUCUAGCUAUUAAUAGUUUAAGGAAACUCUUAAUGUUGUAAUAAAAAUAGUACAAGAUUGAUUUAAACUAAAAUGCAGGUCAGUUUAAGCAGGUGUUCUUUAGGUGCACGUAUAGGAAGGUGGAAUGUAACAAAAAUAUGGAUUGCAUACAACUCAAGACUGCUAGGGAUCUAAAUGACCAUGCCCCAGCAGUGUACUGACCUGGUGACUUUGUGGGUUCUGGCUGUGAUUGUGAGUUCAAGAAAGAAAGAAUAGUUGAAUGAAUGCCAAUUAAAAAAAAAACACGUCUGCAAUUACUUCCCAUUUCUCCAAAAUGAAAAAAAAAACACCUGUGUAGAAUUGUGUAUAAUACUAAUGGGAAUACACUUUGUCUUUGGGGUAUAAGGCAAGUUAAUCCUGUUUGGGAUGUACAUGACUAUUGUUUAAAACUACUUCUUUUAGAUACAUAAAUUUACACAAUUUGAAAGUGUCAAAUAACUGAAAAACAGAAGUUAAUACUUAAAGGGAAUAUACAGCAUUUGCUUUUGCUGAAUUUUCAGAAAUGGGUGGAUUUGGGGGUGAGUGUUUUAUAGCAAAUGUUGUAACACUGACUUGUUCGAAGUUUUGUGUUCGAAGAUGCUGGAAAAACCAAGAAAAAGAAAUGUGUUCCUGUAGUCUGGUUCCCUGACCUUACUCAAGAAGAAACAAAGCAAUUUAUUGGCCUCUGGGAAUUGUAAGGUCAGGGAACCAGUCUAACUGGCUUGUAGCCGUUCAAUCAUAGGUGACUAACUAAAUAUGGUAAAUUGGGGGCAGUGUUUGAAACAGGCAGUUUUUUUUACCAACGAUGGUCGGCCGACCAGCGUUGGAAAUUGAUACAAAAAUACCACUUUUCUUGAAAUAAUGACAACACACCAGGCGCCAUGAUUUUACAGGAUGAUUUAGGCUGUCAUUCACUAACAGUCCAUGUAAGGUAUUUCAUAAUAAUGUGUUUGAUGUUUGCAAAUGAGGCAUAUUCCCUUUAAAUGUAAAUUGUGCCUAUGGUCAUGGACGUCGCCAGGAUUUUUUAUAAGGGGGAGGGGGCAAAGCACAUUUUUUCCCAAAAAUCCUUUGACUUUCUCAAGCAUAAUAUUCUCCAUGUAUUAUUAUUCAAGGAUGGGCGGGGGACAUUUGCCAGCCCGCCCAUUUUGUUAAAUGUCUAUUAAAUUAAUGCCAAAAAUGACUUCACA